AUUUAUUUUUUAGGAUGGCAAACAGAAUCAUGUGAGCUUCCCCGAGUUUCAACAAAACGGUUCGACGAAACUCUUCUCUCAAGAUUACAUAAACGAUGUUCUGUACGAGUCCGAAAAUGGGGAUGCUUCUAAGCCUUCGAAUAGGGACGACUGGGAAUCAGGGAUAACAUUCACUGCUCGGACUUCCGAUUCAUCAAUAACUCCCGGAGCAGAUGGUCCAUCUUCUGGACCUGAUAUCGAUGACGAUACCAAAACUGAUUCAAGAACAGAAGACAGCCAGACUUUUGGAAGAGUAGAUAGUGAUAUUUAUCGAGUGACUACACCAACAGCAACGGAAACGAUGCUGCCUUGGAAACGAGAGGACGACUAUGAUUCCGCCCAUCCAAUUCAACAAAAUGAAUUUCCUGGAUGGUGCUCAAACAAAGAAUACAUAGCGUACAGUUCACCUUCAGCAACUUUUCUAGGAGGAAUUGAACAACCAAAGAUUCAAUCUGUGAUUGGUCUUUUCCGAAGAGAAAGUGUUGGUACUUCCGAUACUUUAGAUUCACAUGAAAUAGACGAAUGCGACGAAUACACAGCGAUGAGAUUCGAAAAAGGUGGCAGCCCUUCCAACAAGCCAAAUGAUAAAAAGACUCAAGCGAGGCGACGUGGCUCGAUGAUGGAGCUCGGGGCCAUAGCAUCAACAGCGAAGGAAAAAAGCAACAAAGGAUCUCAAUCUCUACCCGAAUAUUGGAAUCCUCACCGAUUGCGAUUUACUUCCUUCAGUUAUUCUGCGAAGGAACCAGCAAGUCUUUCGACCGCUUUGAUCACCUCUUCGUCCAACUCUUCGGUGGACCUCGAAGAAGAGGAUUGACCAAAAACAAAGGAGUUGCUCUCCCUCGAGCAACUUCGUCCCCGAUCUUUGUGGUCUAAAUUGCUCGGAGGUCCUAGCUCUCCAGUCUAAAAAAUGCUAUUUUUUCACCAACUCACAUCAUUCUAUCAUAGGAUACACCUAAAUAUAAAUUAACAUGUAAGACCGAAAUUACUACGGUGCUUAAGGACGGAACGAUAACAAAAGAGUGCGAACGAAAGAUGAAUGUGAAAAAGAGAACGCAUUUUUCAUGCUAAACUCACGCAAAAAAUUAAUAAAACAAGGAUCCCGGGGCAUAAGGGCCUAAACUAAUUGUGUUUACAAAGUCAUAUCUGAUAUCCAGUUAGAUUUAGAAGUUGGUCAAGAUUCAUUUUUGAUCUUUUUUUUAGUGAUGCAAAAUCUUAAAGGUAAUGAAGUAGAAAUAGUAUCAGACACUGAAUGCCUGAAAUAAUAACUUCAUUUGUUAAGAAAUUUAGAGUACAUAAUUCUUAUUGAUUUAAAAAUAUUCUUGGGUGCAAUCAAAAUAAACUUUAAGGUUACAACCAUUUUUGACAUUAGUCAUCCAGCUUGAAAGAUUCUGAAUAUAGGUUUACAAUAUUUCUUUCUGAACUAACAAAUUUUCAACCCAAAGACAAAUUUGUAAUAAAAAAGCUGGGUUUUCAAGUUAAAAAGACAAAAGUUUAAAAACAUGUUAACAAAAUAAUUAAAGCUUUAGA